AUGAGGUUCAACGUCGCCGCCGCUGCUGCCAGCGCAGCCUUCCUGGUCGGCGGUGUUAGCGCCGAGGACCAGAAGGUGCUCAAAGACGAAAGCUCGUCUAGCUCAGUUGCUGAGUCGGCCACCCAGGCUGCCCCCGAGCUGCCGACCUUCACCCCCACCAAGCUCAAGGCUCCUUUCCUCGAGCAGUUCACCGACGACUGGGAGGCGCGAUGGAAGCCUUCACACGCCAAGAAGGACACCAAGGGUAGCGACGAAGAAUGGGCUUAUGUCGGCGAGUGGGCGGUUGAAGAGCCCGUCGUCUACAAGGGCAUGGAGGGCGACAAGGGUCUUGUCAUCAAGAACCAGGCUGCCCACCACGCCAUCUCGGCCAAGUUCCCCAAGAAAAUUGACCCCAAGGGUAAGACCCUGGUGGUCCAGUAUGAGGUCAAGCUGCAGAAUGGCCUCGAGUGCGGUGGUGCCUACAUGAAGCUGCUGCGAGAAAACAAGGCCCUGCACCAGGAGGAGUUUUCCAACACGACCCCGUACGUCAUCAUGUUCGGUCCCGACAAGUGCGGCCACACCAACAAGGUGCACUUCAUCUUCAACCACAAGAACCCCAAGACGGGCGAGUACGAGGAGAAGCAUCUGAGCUCUCCGCCCACCGCCAAGAUUGUCAAGACUACCGAGCUGUACACGCUCAUCGUGCACCCCAACAACACGUACGUCAUUCAGCAGAAUGGCGAGCAGGUUAAGGAGGGCAGCCUCCUCGAGGACUUCACUCCUGCCGUCAACCCUCCCAAGGAGAUUGACGACCCCAAGGACAAGAAGCCUGAUGACUGGAUCGAUGAGGCCCGCAUCCCCGACCCGGACGCCAAGAAGCCCGACGACUGGGAUGAGGACGCCCCCUACGAGAUUGUCGAUGAGGAGGCUACUCAGCCUGAGGACUGGCUUGUUGACGAGCCCUUGACCAUUCCCGAUCCCGAGGCUCAGAAGCCUGAGGACUGGGAUGACGAGGAGGAUGGCGAUUGGAUCCCUCCCACGGUUCCCAACCCCAAGUGCGCCGAGGUCUCUGGCUGUGGCCCGUGGACCAAGCCGAUGAAGAAGAACCCCGACUACAAGGGCAAGUGGUCCGCCCCCUACAUUGACAACCCGGCCUACAAGGGUCCGUGGGCGCCUCGCAAGAUCAAGAAUCCCGACUACUUUGAGGAUAAGCACCCCGCCAACUUUGAGCCCAUGGGCGCUAUUGGUUUCGAGAUCUGGACCAUGCAGAACAAUAUCCUCUUCGACAACAUCUACAUCGGCCAUUCGGUUGAGGAAGCCAAGAAGUUCGCCGACGAGACCUUCUUCAAGAAGCACCCGGUCGAGAAGGCCCUCGAGGAGGCCGACAAGCCCAAGGUUGAGGACACGCCCAAGUCCCCGAGCGACCUCAAGUUCCUGGACGACCCCAAGACGUAUAUUAAGGAGAAGCUCGACCUCUUCCUCACAAUCGCCAAAAAGGAUCCUCUUGAGGCCAUCCGGUUCGUUCCCGAAGUCGCCGGCGGCCUUGCUGCUAUCUUCAUCACCACUGUCGCCCUCCUCUUCGGCCUUGUUGGUCUUGGAUCCUCCACUGCCCCGUCGGCAAAGAAGGUCGCCGCCGACGCCAAGGAGAAGGCCAAGGAAGUGGCGGACAAGGCUACCACGGCCGCUGCCUCUGGCGUUGAUACUGCCAAGGAGGCGACCAAGCGUGCUACACGGAGCCAAUCGUAG